AUGAUAUCUAGAUACAGUAUAGUGGGUCCAGUGCUCCAGCGGUCAGGACAGCUGCAGAGGAAGGCAUCCUCCCAGAGAAGCUGUUUCCUGGGGGUGGAGACCUUGGAAGAGCUCACCUGGGAGAACUGGGAUCUGGGUGGGGAGUUCACCAAAACCCUUUUCCUGAAGAACGUCCACAGCAAGUUGCAGAAGCUACACUUCAGACCUCCUGUGUCCCAGUUCUUCACCACCCUCUUCCCUCAGCUAAUCGUCCUCAGUCCAGGAAUGUCCUACUCCCUGCCUGUCACAUUCCACCCGCUCGACAGGUGUGAGUACCAGGACAGUAUUGAGUUCCAGAGUAAGAAUGGGUUAUUCCAGGUGUGUCUGCGUGCCACCAUCCCUCGCCACACCCUGGAGAUACCUGACUCCGUCCUGCUGCCUCCCUGUGCUGUGCACCACUCCUCUCAGUCAACCUUCCUGUUCCGCAAUGCCAGUAAGCUGCAGACAGGAUUCCAGUGGGAGGUGACCACUCCUUUCCAGCUGUCCCCAGACCGAGGAGUACUGGGGCCUGGACAGGAGUGCCGUGUGACUGUGGUCUUCCGGCCACAGGAGGCGCUGGUGUACCAGAGAGAGGCCAGCUGUGCGUUCGGGGAUGACGGGGAGACCACCUGCACUGUGCUCCUACAGGGCAUAUCUAAAUACCCAUUCCUGGAGAUCAGUGCCCCUGGCCAGGAGGAGGGCUGUAAAGUGCUGGACUUUGGCAGUGUGGCCGUCAAAGCCUCUGUGGAGAAGCACUUCGAGAUCCUCAACAAGUCUUCAAUGAGGGCAUCCUUCAGUCUGUCCAGGUUCAAGCGUCCUCCUCUGUCUCACUCAGUGUUCCAGUGUUUGGUGGAGAAGGGCGAGGUGGCUGCGCGCUCUGCCGUCAGAGUACCUGUGUCCUUCUGCCCCGUGUCUGUGGACACCAGCUGUGUGGACUACCUCUCCCUCACCUGCCCAGGGGGUCUCAACAAGACCCUCCUCAAACUCACUGGCAGCUGCAUAGGCCCACAGGUGUGUCUGUCCUCAUCUGUACUGGACUUUGGCUGCGUGGAGCAAGGGGAGGAGUCUCUGCGGUCAGUGGACCUGGUGAACACCUCCUCCGUCGAAGCACACUAUCAGUUCGACCUGGACGGGGAGGGCCACAGCGUGUUCUCCCUCCAGCCAGCAGGGGGUACCCUGCCCCCCUACAAGCGUGUGAGCCUGAAGCUGCUGUACCGCCCGACCCACCCCAUCGCCCACCACAGGAGGGUGGCCUGCCUGCUGCUGCACAGGGAGCCUCUGUUUCUGGACCUGAUUGGCACCUGCCACUCUGAGCAGCUCAAGCCUGCCAUCUUCAAACCCAAACACCUGGUUGUGUACCAGCAUCACCUGGCCCGUGGCCUCACCCAGUACCCCCCAGACAUGCUCAGUGCCAUGCUGGCAGAGGGCAAGCUCCAUGUGGACCAACAAGGGGCGCUGGUCCUACCUGAGGACCUAGCCAUGGAGCCUGCUGGUCCGGAGACAGUCAGUGUGGCAGUGCCAGCCAGGGCUUUCACAGCGAAAAUCCCCAUGGAGGAGUACUACCAAAGCUGCUCAGGGGGUAAACGUCAUGAAGGAGGAAGUGGGGAGGGGCCCGGAAGCCAUGUGACCUUAGAGCCUCCUAAACUGAUGUUCCACCCCGGCUCCACCUCCCUGCCCGUCGCCAUCACCAACCACACCAAGGGCAAGCUCAGCGUGUUGUGGACCCCUGCUGCAGACUCACCCUUCUCUGUUACACCAUCAUCAUGUGACUUGGGGCCCCUGAAGUCAACGUCUUUCAGGGUCACCUACACACCCAAGCAACACAACACCUUCCAUGGCGGCCAGCUGGAGUGUUUUUCUCUGUACAAGGUGUUGAGUGACCAUCGCCAUGUGGAGGACAGCACCAUCUGCCCCUCCUGGUGUCUGACUGUCAGGGUCAUAGGUCACUCCUUCCUGCCUGGCAGAGAGCACUUUGUCCCCCGGCUCUCCCUGCAGCCCCCCCAAGUGGUGUUCCCCGGCCUGAGCAUGGAGUUCUACCGCACCGUCCUGCUCCAGAACACCGGUGCCCUUCCCCUGAUCUACAUCCUGGACCCGGAGCAGAGCCCGUCUGUGUGUGUGUUUCCCUCCUGCGGACUGGUCCACCCUGGACAGCACCACAUCCUCGCACUCAGGACCACCCCUUCUGAGGACAAUCCCCCAGAGCUGCCCCUAACCCUGCGGCUGAAUGCAGACCCCAAACACACUCAGGAGCUGAGUGUGGUGAGCCUGGUGGAGAAGCCACGUGUGUGUUUGGAGGGAGACGGGAGUCUGUUCUUCAAGCCCACCGCAGUGGACUCCUGUUCCCAGCGCCUCUACCGGAUCAGGAACUUCAGCAGGCUGCCUCUGCAGUUCAAGUGGAUGAUCUCCGGAUCGGACCAGCAGGUCAUCGCUGUCAAACCAGACUCAGGGGUCCUGCAGCCCAACGAGAGCUCGGUGCAGAUGUGGUCCUUCACUCCCAUGGAGGAGAUGGGGUACAACCUCAAGCCCAGCCUCACCUUCUGGCCAACCCAGAUGCCGGAUUGCAGGAAGUGCCGCCUCCCUCUUAAGAUUGUAGGGACGGCCUCCGAGGGCUCGAUUCAGGUUGAAAAUCGAGUGCUGGAACUGGGGGAGGUGUUGGUGGGGGGCUACAGGUCCUUUGAGAUUCCCCUGGUCAACAACGGAACCUGUGCUGUCAGCUUCUCUCUGAGUGUAAAACAGAACCAGCUGGACCCUGGUCCAGCCCACAACACUUCUUCUGAACACAACGCCCUGGAGCUGGACUCAGAGAAGGGUACCAUAGCAGCCAGGUCCAGACUGCUGGUGCGGGCCACAGUGAGGCCUGCCAGGCGGGCCCAGUACUCCUGGACUAUCAGCUCCCAGAUCCUCAGCUCCAAAGAGCGUGUGCUAGCGGAGCCCCAGGCGGUGUGUGAGGUUCGAGGGGAGGCCGUGUUCCCCAUCCUGGAGGUGAGUGACAUGCGCAGCAGCGGCAGUGCGGAGCGGCUCAGCAAGCUGCAGCUGUGGAGCCUCUUCUCCCUGGACGCCCUCAACGCCCACCUGAGCCGCGACCCUGCGCGCUCCGAGCUCACCUACCGCCUGCCCACCCGACACAGUCUGCGACGCUGUCCAUCCGUCUUCACGGCGGCCAUGUUGGAUUUUAACUUUGGCGCGGCACCGCUGGGCUCUGAACCCUCGUGCAUGCUGCUCAUGUUUGAAAACACAGGCAGCGUCCCUGUAGACUGGUCAUUCCUGUUCCCAGAGGACCAGCAGAUAGAGCUGGAGUACUGGGCUGACACUGUGGAUUUCAGCCCGUCAGAGCUCCACCAAAUGAAGGUCCAGGACAACAGGCUGUUCAGUGUCAGUCCUCGCACUGGCAGACUGCUGCCUGGCCAGCAGAAGGCAGUGCAGUUCAGCUAUCGGCAUGACUUUGCUGGGACCGACCGCCUUCCUGUCCUCUUCAAGCUGUCCCACGGCAGGGAGAUCCUGUUGAACUUCAUGGGAGUGACGGUGGAGAGAGACAGACACUAUCUCCACUUCACCUCCAGCAAACACGUCUUCUCCCCUGUGGCCAUCGGAAGCUUUAGCCCCCCCAUACAGGUGUAUGAGCUGUAUAACGGAGGGGCCGUCUCCGCCAGGUACCAGCUGGACACAAAGGCCCUGGAGAAGCUGACUGCUGAGAACUUUGACCACCUGGUCCUGCAGUGUCUCAACCCCCAGGGAGAGGUGCUGCCUGGGAGCUCCGCCCAGAUAGAGUGGGUCUUCUCCCCUCUGGAGGCCAAGGCAUACAGCGUGGAUAUCCCUAUCCAUGUCCUGAAUGGAGACUCUGUACUUAUGACGUUUGAAGGUUGUGGGUUUGAUAAACAACUCCUGGGAGACUCGGUUCCUCUACAACUCCACGAAACCUACCCGUCAGUUCCCAGUACUCAGAGAGUGCCCUUACCUGGCCAGGUGGUGUUCCUGUCGGAGGAGCGGGUGUCUCUCGGGGACGUCCCGGUGUGUACCAGAUCCACCCGGAUCCUCUUUCUCACCAACGUCUCCCGCACUGACACGGUCUAUUACAGCUGGAACCUGGCCGACCAGCAGGCGGUGCAGAUCCAGCCAGAGUGUGGCACUCUGGCUCCAGAGGAGAGCGCGCUGUGCAUCCUUACUCUGCAGACCUCCUGCAGCCCCAAAUUCUACCAGAUAGACCUCAACUGUGAGGUGACUCUGGAGGAAGAAGUGCUCCGGUACCAGCAUGCUUUGCAGCAGUGGGAGGAGGAGAAAGAGAGGCAGAAGAAUGAGUUCACCCUCACAGAGAAGGAGCUGCAAGAUCAAGCCCAGAGACACACACACAGCAAACUUCAGGAAGGUGAACAAGCUCCACUGAGAUCUGCCACAGCAGUCAGGAAAUACAAGACCCUGCCCCCUAUCCGUGCCAGCACCAGCAGUUACCUCGUAGGAGUGCCCUGUGCCAGGCCCACCCGGGCGGAGAGGCGGGCCCAGAGAGAGGCUGCCAGCGCGUGGAGGCGGCCGGAGCCCCCCCAGGCGGCCCUGCUUCAUCUGGGGGUGACGGCCCGCUCUCACUCCCUGCUGGAGUUCCAGACCUUCUUCCCCUCGCUGCUCAACACUCAUUAUGUGUACAGGUCGUUCCAGCCCAGCGCCCAUCUCUCAGUGCCAAGUCCCAGUAGCGCCCCCUCUGUAGACCUGCCCCCACUCAUCCACGGUCCAGAGAGAGAGAUCCUCACAUUUAUCCUCCCCGCCAUUCUGAGGAGUUUACAAGAAGACCCCUCCUUCCACCAGUCUCUGGUCAACACGGUGUCUGAACCUGUCCCCUACUUUAUCCAGAUCAAAAAGAGCUCCAACCCCACAGCCUCUCCCUCCAUGACCUCCACCCUGGAUCCCACUGCUGCUGGGGGCUCUGCCCCCCCAAACCCUCCCUCCAGCCCUCCUCCUCCUCAGCGGUUGCAAGGGGGGGCAGAGCAGCUCCCAGAGCUUCCAGAUCCCCCUCCAACUCACCAGCUGGAUGUCCAAAAGGCCAUACGCAGGUUUCCCAAGUUCAGUGACCUUGUGGAGGAGGUUCUGUUGAACACCAUCCAGAACCUGAUGACUGAGGCCUUCCGGGGUGAGCUGGUGCUCACCGCAUGCCCUCGCAUCAUCGCCCUGCCACCGGUCUCUGCCAGGAAGAACGGCUGUGGAUUCAGGAGGGUUUUUUCCCAAGGUGUGGCUGAUGCUGAGCCGAACAGGGAACCCAAAAAACCCCAGGCCAUCAGUCCUGCGCCCCACCUGACCCCCCCCUUGAGCCUGCUGAACAACCUGUUACCCCCACCAUCCCACAGUCCCCCCACACAGACUGACCUGCUACACCACUGAAACAGACUGCAUCCCCAGUCUGGAUGACCUUUUCACAUGAAUCAUUUGAUAUGUAGUAAAAUAGACAUGUUUCUAAGAAUUCAGUAAAUUCAUCCUUUCUCUUUAAACUGUAUCCAUUCCGAUUCACUUCUAAGCUUAGCCGGCAUGUAUCUCUGUAUAGUUUACAGCCGUUACUGGACUAAAUCAAUAAAGGAUGUUCAUGGGAUUCAAUUCAUAACUCACAAAUAGAUUAAGACAAAAAGCCAGAUGAUAACGGAAGGUUUUAUGUUUUUUUGUAAAAGUUUAUUAAAAAGGAAUUUAGUCCACAGUAGUUAAGACUUUAGCGCCUACAAUAUAUAAAAAAAAGUGUACACCCCAAAAAGCAUUAAAACAAAAUGCCUGGAUAAAAGGGAUAAAUAAAACUAGUUUUUUUUCAACAUUAAAAAAACACCAACUCUGAAUAGUAUGAAUGAAUGCAUCGCACUGUCGAGCCAUCGUAACUAACUACAGUGUUUCUGUGUGCCCUUCCCUAAAGAAGAAGCAACAAAUGAAAAUGAGAAGGACAAAUUAGGUCAUAGAAUCAACACCAGCUUACAUGGUGUGCUGAGCCUGGGGCCAUGUCUGUAUUUAGCCUCACAGACAGGUCGAGUUGGCUACAGCACUUACAGGAGGAGGCAGCCAGGAAACCGCAGGGUGUUGUGGGAAUAUCAUGCAAAUGCUUGCAUGGCAGACAGUG